GGAUUGUGACCUUUUGUGCUAAUUACCCGUAAAUUUAGCUCUUUCUAUUCUUCGCGGGAGGAACAUAAAGCAGACGACGAGCGUGGGAAGGAAGGAGAAUAAAUCGUUGCUGCGAAGAAGGGUGAAAUGGCGACUGAAGCUGAAGCGUCGACAUCUACUGCAGAUAAACAGCCGGCCCCGUGGCAAUCUUAUCACACCGUCUACACCAAUGCUAAAGCAGGCAUGGAUGGAGUAGACAAGGAGAAAGUGCAACGAGUAGUUUAUGAGAUGAGCAAGGGCUCAAAGUAUUUUGAGAAUGAGGAAAGAAAAGAGGCCACUAUGAAGCAGAAAGUAGAAAGCAUGCGGGCCCACUGUGCAAAGCUGAAGCCAGCUGAGAUAUCUCAUUAUGAAAAGGUCGCAGAUAAAAGAAUUAUAGACUUAGAAGCUACACGCGACCUUUCAAGGACUUGGCUACAUGUGGACAUGGAUGCUUUCUAUGCAGCUGUUGAGACAUUAGCCAACCCUUCAUUGAAGGGGGAGCCAAUGGCUGUCGGGAGCACUUCAAUGAUUGCAACUGCUAAUUAUGAGGCUCGAAAAUUUGGUGUUCGUGCUGCAAUGCCUGGGUUUAUAGCACGCCGUUUAUGUCCAGAGUUAAUUUUUGUCCCGCCUGAUUUCAAGAAGUAUACUCAUUAUAGUGAGUUGACUAGAAAAGUUUACCAGAAAUAUGAUCCUCAUUUCGUUGCUGCAAGUUUGGAUGAAGCAUACCUUGACAUAACUGAGAUCUGCAAAGAAAGAGGCGUUUCAGGUGCAGAAGUUGCUGAAGAGCUCAGGGAAGGCGUCUUCGAGGAGACUGGCUUAACAUGUAGUGCUGGAAUUGGUCCAAAUCGCUUACUCGCUAAGGUUCCAUCUCUUAUGCUCUUUAACAGCCGACAGCUGAUAUCUUAGGUUUGCUCUGACAUAAACAAGCCAAAUGGGCAGUUUGUUUUACCAAAUGACCGAAUGGCUGUAAUGACAUUUAUAUCCUCACUUCCAAUAAGGAAGUUGUGAAGUGAAACAUGCAACAUCCACCUUGCAGAUUGGAGGGAUUGGCAAGGUAACUGAACAUAUUUUGAGAGAUGUACUCGAAAUUUCCAUUUGUGAGCAUUUGCUACAGAAGGGAGGACUUCUCUGUGCUCUAUUUUCUCGUUCUGCAGCAGACUUUUUCCUUUCUGUGGGACUUGGGCUUGGCCAGACAGAAACCCCCCAGGUGAGAUCUCGAAAAAGUAUGAGCAGUGAGAGAACUUUCUCCGCCACAAACGAUGAAGUGCUUCUUUUUCAGAAAUUAGCUGAAGUUGCCGAGAUGUUGUCUGCUGACAUGCAGAAAGAAGGGCUAGGUGGUCGAACAUUGACUCUCAAAUUGAAAACUGCAUCUUUCGAGGUUCGAACUAGAGCUGUGACUUUGCAGAAGUUUGUUAGCUCAAAUGAAGACAUCUUGAAAUAUGCUUCAAAGCUGUUGAAGGCUGAGCUUCCUGUUUCUUUGAGACUAAUAGGUUUGAGAGUGUCCCACUUAAGUGAAGACGAGCAUGUUGGUCCAUCUGAUCCCACACAGAAAACUCUUGCGGACUUUGUUCUAUUGGGGGAUACGUGCAAGAGAAAGACGGGACAUCUAAGCUCUAAGGGACAUAAUACUGAUCAGCACUCCAUGGAUGAACUUGAAACAAGUUUUCCUGUUGGAAGUGAAUUACAUAACUAUGAAUCAGGAGAUCCAUUUAAUUACAAUCAUGAUGAUAGCCAGUGUACCUUUGGCAACAAUGAAUGUGGGGAAAUCUGCGUGUUGUCCAGCAGCAAAAUUGCAGACAAGGAUGAAACUGAGGUGUUAAAGUUGAAAGAUGAGUUCAUCAUGGUCAGUGACACAAGUCCUUCCGAAUGGAAAGGCCACUUGUAUUGGGUGGAUGACUAUAAGUGCUCUCUGUGUGGGAUUGAGAUGCCGGCAGAUUUCCUCGAGGAAAGACAAGAACAUUCUGAUUUCCAUCUUGCCGAGAGGCUUCAGAAGGAGGAAUCUACCAGUAUCAUCAAUCCGAGAACUUCUCUGCCACUUAAAAGGUUUGCCUCGAAAGAUGCUAUGUCGACUCAAGGUACGCCGAAGAAGCACAAGACAACUCCACAGGAAGGCAAACAUAUCCCCAUUGAUAUGUUCUUUGCGAAGAGUAAUCAUAAUCAGAAACUUUAGCAUCAUGCAGUCUCAGCCCUGUAAAGAGAGUUGCGUCUGUAAACUAACGACCGUUUAUCUCUAGGACUAUGAUAAAUUUGAUGCCUCAUUAAUAUCAUUCACCCACGCAGUCU